AUGAAACCCAGCAAACCUGUAAAAGAAAGCCAUGCAAACGAGUUGGAAAAUAAACUGAAAAGUGUUGAUCAGAGACUCGAAGACCCAAUUACCACCUUUUCAAUGGAAAUUUUAAAAUAUUUGUAA